AUGCUGUUGUCAUUUGUCAAUUUUGAUUUUGUUAUCUGACAUAUGACGUUGACGUUUCUUUUUGCAUCGGCGUUUGAUCGCUAAGAUUGUUUACAAUGGCCAAACCAAAAGGAGAGAGGAAAGGCAAAUCUGCCAUAAAUGAAGUUGUUACUCGUGAAUACACAGUCAACUUACAUAAAAGGCUUCAUGGAGUCGGAUUCAAGAAACGUGCUCCUCGUGCCAUCAAGGAGAUUCGUAAAUUUGCUGAAAAACAAAUGGGAACCCCUGACGUUCGUGUAGACACAAGAUUGAACAAAUAUCUGUGGUCUAAAGGCGUGAGAAAUGUACCCUACAGAGUUCGGGUAAGGCUUUCCCGCAGGCGUAAUGACGACGAAGACUCGGCUCACAAGUUGUUCACUCUGGUAACUUAUGUUCCAGUUGCUUCAAUCAAGGGUCUGCAAACUGAAAAUGUGGAUGCUAGCCAAGAAUAAAUAAGUUAAGCUAAAAA